GCGCACCCCAGCUAGGGCCCUCACCAAGCGUAGGCUUUUCACUUGUCGCGACGCUUUCUGGUGCUAAAGCAGGUGAGCAGAGAGUCCGAAGUGGCCGCUUUUCCGCGUCCCUAGCUUGAAAAUGGACUUGGCUACACCGCAUACAGUCCGAAUCCCGGUCUGAGUUCCAUUCGAAGAGCGACACGUCGCACGACAUCACAGUUGCCUGGUAUCUGGGAGGGGUUGAAGAACGUCUGCAAGUGACUGGGUCUGGGGUGAGUUCGCUAUUAAUAUCGACUCCGCAAGCCUCGCCAAGCCACGUGUGUUGCAACUCCUUCCAGUCUCAACGACAUCGCAUUCGUGUGCACCAACAACAUGGCUGAAUUUCUCAUCGAAGACAAGGACUUGGCCGGCCUCAAAGGCAAGGUGGCCAUCGUGACAGGCGGAUCAUCAGGCAUUGGCCUCGCUGCAGUCAACACAUUGCUCGCCCAGGGUGCCUCCGUCGUCAAUGCAGAUAUUCAACCGCCAGCUGAGCAACCCGAAAGCUCUUACACCUUUGUCAAGACCGAUGUCAUAGUCUGGGCUGAACAAAUCGCACUCUUCAAGAAGGCAAAAGAGGUUUACGGGCGUAUCGACCAUGUCUUUGCCAACGCUGGUCUCGGCCCUCGCGCCAACUACUUAUCUACGGAAGUAGAUGAGAACGGCGAUCUGAAGGAACCUACACAUCAGCUUCUGGAUGUCAGUCUCACGGGUGUAAUGCACACGGCUACGAUUGCGAUUUACUAUAUGCGGCAACAAGCCGAGGGUGGCAGCAUCGUCAUCAACGGUUCUACAACAGGUCUUCAACGGCUUCGUGCCGUGGACUACUCCACGGCCAAGCAUGCGGUGCUUGGAUUCGGACGUGGUCUGAUCCCGCUCAUCGCAUCUGCCAACCUGCCCAUCCGAGUCAACACCUUGGCACCGACGUGGGCUGACAGCAGCGUGCUGCCGGACUUGAAAGGUCUUAUGGCCAAAAUUGGAGUUGAGAUCCAGACCGCUGAAGCCGUUGCCCGUGGCGCAGCGUAUCUGAUGGCUGAUGCCUCCCGGAACGGAAAUGUGAUCCACGUGCAGCUUGGAAAGUACAAGGAGAUUGACGAGGCUAUCUUACUCCCUGCAUUUGAGUCUAUCAAGGGACCUGAUUAUCCUGGCGAGGACGAGGUUCUGCGUCGCCUAACGGAGCUCAUGAUGGCCGCUUGAUGAGUAUAUUACAUGCUUGAAUAGGGCCUGGGCAGAGAGAGGUUGGCGUCGAACCUGCGCAAUCUUAAUGAAUACAUCACGAUGAAUUUGAAAGUCAU